AUGGACGCAUCGAAGCAUUACGCUACCCCGUCCUCGCGAGAGAAUGCCUCUCCUCCUUCAAAAGACAGCUCGGCUUCUCGUCCGAGUAUUUCCAGCUCGACCAGCUCGAAUACUACUUCCAGCCCCGAAGCAAAAGGCACCUAUUCGGCAGAAACAUUCCAGCAGGAUAUUCGACAUAUUGGCUUUUGGGUACACAAUAUCAAACCUUGA